UUGGGUACAUUUUAAGUUCCUAAAUGACUAAUAACUAAAUCAGUUUUUACAUGUGUUUUCGUCUUUGCGCUUUCAUGGCUGUCAAUCCUGACACUCUGUGAUUGUGCUGGAUGAUGGAUCCUGUAGUGCUGAGCUACCAGGACAGCCUGCUGCGGCGCUCCGAUGUGUCCUUACUGGAAGGACCUUACUGGCUCAACGACCAAGUCAUCGGCUUCGCCUUCGAGUACUUUGCUGCUGAGCGCUUCAGAGUCCUGGGGGAGGCCAUCAUCUUCAUCAGCCCAGAGGUCACCCAGUUCAUCAAGUGUGCUUCCUGCCCCGAUGAGUUAGCUCUGUUCCUUGAGCCGCUGGAUCUCGCCUCCCGCCGCUGGGUCUUUCUGGCCGUCAACGACAACUCCAACCAGACGGCCGGAGGUUCCCACUGGAGCCUGCUGCUGUACCACCACACCUCCAACCACUUCGCCCACUAUGACUCUCAGAACGGCAGCAACUCCCUGCACGCGCGGCGCAUCGCCAGCAAGCUGGAGCCUUUCUUGGGCGCGGGGAGGAAAUCGCUGUUCGUGGAGGAGCCCUGCCCAUCGCAGCAGAACAGCUAUGACUGUGGCAUGUAUGUCAUCUGCAUCGCCGAGGCCUUGUGUGAGAAGGCCAGGGUGGAGGGCUCGCCGCGCCUUCCUGUGCAAAUCAUCACCCCGGCCUACAUCACCCAGAAGAGGGCCGAGUGGUGCAGACUGAUCCAGAGUCUAGCUCAGAACGACCUCUGCUGCUCCCUGUCCUUCCCUUAGCACGUCGGUCGUCCUCAGUAUAUGCAGAACAGCCCCACAUAUCUACUGCUGGAGAAUCUGAAUGCACUCCUUGAAUACAGUAUAUAACUAUAUAUGAAGUAUAUUUCUAUUACAGUCUAUCAUACUGCAUAGUAGAGUAAAGUUUAAAAAAUAAAGCAGUGUUAUGAAUCUCUACAGAUUCAGAGAACA